UACUCGUAUUGAUUUUAUUCAACAAGCUCGACAACAAUAUUAAAUUUUCUAUCGACAUUGUGCAGAUUCCCAUCGAAAGGCUCUACAAUGAAUCCCCAAUCAGCACUCUACGGUAUCCAGAGUACAGCUGGUGCCAUUCCAAUACGGAAUCCAAGAGGGGAGCUGUCCAUGCAGAAAGUGAAAGUCCACCGAUAUGUUUCGGGAAAACGUCCGGAAUAUGCUCAGUACGCUAGCAGUGACGAGGAAACGGACGAAGAUGAUUUCCUGGACAAUCGGAGGGCUGCAGCGGCGGAGGAGCAAAUCCGUGAAAUGCGUCGUCGAGAGCGUUCCGCCGAGGAGGACGAAGCACUUCCGGAAGAUGUCGACGAUCCCCGAAUCCGACGUUUGCAAGCCAUUCGUGCUGCCGAGGCGGAAGAAAUCGAGCGGGAAAGACGUGAACGGCAUCGGGUGAUUCAUGAACCGGAGCUGGUUCAAUCGGAAGAUGAAAAUGAGGAACAGGAAGAGGAGGUACAGAUUCCGGACGAGGAUCAGAGGCAACAUCUGCGGCAUCGAGAACGACCGGAGGAAUCGGAUGACGAGGAGGAAGAUGAAGAGGCGGAAGAAGGCGAAGGCAGUGGGUUAAGACGACGCCGAAUCUCAGUUGGUUCCGAGUCGGAAUCCGAUACCGAGUUGAGUGAUACUGAAAUUGAGCGCCGGCGACAGUUGCUGAAGCUGAAGAUGCUUCUGCAGAAAAAGGAGGAAGAAGUGCUGCAGAAGGAAGACGAAGGUCAAUCGGAUUCGUCAGAGUCGGAGAGUUCAGAAUAUGAAGAAACGGAGAGUGAGGAGGAGAAUGAACCAAGAUUGAAACCGCUGUUUGUACGAAAGAAAGAUCGUACAACUGUUAUCGAAAAGGAAAGAGAGGCACACAAACAGAAGCAACUGGAAUAUGAAGCUAAAAAGUCGGCAAAGGAACGUCGACGGCAAACGCUGAAGUUAGUUGAAGAUAGUAUUAAAAAAGAUAUGGAAAAGAAUAAAAUGGACAACGAACCGAAUUUGAAUGAUGUUAACACGGAUGAUGAGAACGAUGAAGUUGAGUAUGAAGCCUGGAAAUUACGAGAGCUGAAACGUAUCAAACGGGAUCGUGAGGAGAAGGAAGCGUUGGACAAAGAGAAGGCUGAAAUUGAACGACUACGUAAUAUGUCAGAUGAUGAACGUCGCCAAGAACAACGUCUCAAUCCUAAGCUUAUCACGAACAAAACGGUCAAGGGCAAGUACAAGUUUCUGCAAAAGUACUACCACCGUGGUGCUUUCUAUUUGGACAAUGAGGACCAGGUGUACAAACAGGACUUCUCGGCGCCAACGCUGGAGGAUCACUUCGAUAAAACGAUUCUGCCGAAGGUUAUGCAGGUUAAAAAUUUUGGACGCUGUGGCAGAACGAAAUAUACGCAUUUGGUUGAUCAGGAUACAACUAAAUUCGACUCGCCCUGGUUCAAUGAUACGGCCAACAAUGUCAAGUUCCACAACGAGCGAGCGGGAGGAAUGCGACAAGUGUUUGAUAAGCCAUCGUUGCAAAAGAAUAAACGGGACAUGUAAGGUGAUUGAAGAAAUUUUAAUUGCUUUUAACUUUAACUUUGUAUGUAAUAUUCAACAUAGAGGUAAAUAUACUAAUGGUUUGAUUUAGCGGUUACGAAAAUUU